GAAGUGCAAAAAUAGACCCAAACUUGUUCUUGGUCAGGGUUCGUCUAUUCUCCUCCCCUGUGCCCAAUCUUCUCUGCUCUGCUCCACUGUUAGGGUUUAAGAGUUGCUUCAAUGGAAUGGUAAGUAGCAUUUUAUUCACUACUGCUACAGCGACUUUCUCACGUUUCAAUUUCUAAUGUUUAGAUUACCCUGCAAAAGCAUAGUGACAGGGUCCUCUGUUAGAGCUUCAUCAGUUCAUUCUUUUCUUGAAAACCCUUCAAUAUUAUCAUGUCUCAGAUACAUCUCAUCAGUGAAUACAGAUGAUGAUAUAAAAGAACAUUCCUUUACAGUCUCAUACCUUAUGAACAAAUGUGGGUUCUCUCUAAAAUCUGCUUUAGAAGUUUCUAAACAGGUUCAUUUUGAAACCCCAGAUAAGCCUGAUUCUGUUCUUGCCGUUUUCAAGAACUAUGGUUUCUCAAAAUCCCAAAUUUUGAACCUUGUGAGGAGACGGCCACCGGUGCUUUUGUCUAGACCUAACACAACACUUUUGCCCAAGCUUGAGUUUUUCCAAUCUAAAGGUUUUUCAAGCCCUGAUGUUAUCAAAAUCAUAUCAUCCUACCCAUGGGUUUUUAAGUACAGCUUAGAAAACCAGUUAGUUCCUGCUUUUGAUUUCCUUGAAAACUCGCUUCAAUCUGAUGCCGUGGCCAUCAAAGCAAUCAAGCGUUUCCCUCGUAUUCUAAAUGUUACUGUUGAAAACAUGGCACGUGUUGUUGAUGUUUUACGAGACAGUGGAGUCCCUGAAAAGAAUAUUGCUCUGCUAAUUCGUUCCCGGCCUUCUAUUAUGGUUACAAAUCUGGAGAAUUUUAAAAAGCUUAUAAAGGAAGUGACCCUAAUGGGAUUUCAUCCUUGCAAGAGUCAGUUUAUUGAAGCAAUCAGGGUGCUGACAUCCAUGAGCAGAUCCACUUGGGAGAAGAAGCUUGAUGUGCAUAGAAAGUGGGGGUUGUCCGAGGAAGAAAUUCUUGAAGCAUUUGUAAAGUGUCCAUGGUUUAUGUCCCUAUCUGAAGAGAAGAUCAUGGCAGUUAUGGAUCUUUUUGUCAACAAACUGGGCUGGGAGUCUGCCUAUAUUGCCAAAAAUCCAACCUUUUCAUCAUAUAGCCUUGAGAAAAGGCUAAUUCCAAGGGCUUUGGUAUUGCAAUUUUUAGUUUCUAAAGGCUUGGUUGAGAAGAGUUUCAGAAGCCUUGCGUUCUUCAAUACACCCGAAGACAAGUUCCGGCAUAUGUUUAUAGAUCGCCAUGGUGAAUCUACCCGGAUAUUGAAAUUUUACGAGGAAAAACUGAAUCUUUCGGCAGUUGUAAACUCUUCCACCUUUUAAAUCACAAUCACUAUUCACUCCACAUUUUUUUCA